AUGAUAUUAAGCACCUCUUCCUUCUUCUAUGCUAUGUCUCUUUUCUCUGCUUACAUUAUGACAGGAUACAGGGAUGAUAUUAAGCACACUCUUCCCCUCUUCUAUGCUAUGUCUCUUUUCUCUGCUUACAUUAUGACAGGAUACAGGGAUGAUAUUAAGCCACACACUUCCCCCUCUUCUUCCCUUUUUCUCUUCUUCUCUGACAGGAUACAGGGAUAUGAUACAAGGAUGAUAUUAAGCACCUCUUCCCUCUUCUAUGCUAUGUCUCUUUUCUCUGCUUACAUUAUGACAGGAUACAGGGAUGAUAUUAAGCACCUCUUCCUCUUCUAUGCGAUGUCUCUUUUCUCUGUUUACAUUAUGACAGGAUACAGGGAUGAUAUUAAGCCUGCCUCUUCCCUCUUCUAUGCUAUGUCUCUUUUCUCUGCUUACAUUAUGACAGGAUACAGGGAUGAUAUAAGCACACUCUUCCCUCUUCUAUGCUAUGAUACAGGGGAUGAUAUUAAGAUACAGGAUGAUAUUUCCUUCUUCUACGCUAUGUCUCUUUUCUCUGCUUACAUUAUGACAGGAUACAGGGAUGAUAUUAAGCACCUCUUCCUUCUUCUAUGCUGUCUCUUUUUCUCUGCUUACAUUAUGACGGGAUACAGGGAUGAUAUUAAGCACCUCUUCCCUCUUCUAUCAAUGUCUCUUUUCUCUGCUUACAUUAUGACAGGAUACAGGGAUGAUAUUAAUCACACUCUUCCCUCUGCUAUCAAUGUCUCUUUUCUCUGCCUUACAUUAUGA